AUGGCAACUGCGCCUUCGUCGUUCAUGUCGAACAAUUCGAUCAAAAAUCGUGCGCGGGCUGGCCGCGAGCGGCGAACUACCGUCCCGGAUCGACCGGAUCUUCCCAUCAAUCUAUGGUCGAUAAUGAAGAAUUGUAUUGGCAAAGAAUCCAAAUUUUCUGUUCAGGAGCCAUUCGAACAAAUGGCGUAUGUUGCUGCCUAUGCGGUCAGCAACUACUCAACUACUGGAAACCGCACAAAUAAGCCGUUUAAUCCACUGCUAGGCGAAACAUACGAGUUUGAUCGUACUGCUGAUCUGGGAUGGCGAAGUAUCACUGAACAAGUAAGCGUUAUGGCAGGCUCGAUAUCCACUAUCGUCCCUACCGUAUUCCUACCGUACCCUCAACUUGACCGGUCGGAAUUCGAUAUGGAGUCGUUAUCGUAGCC